AUGUCUGUGAUCAUCCGGCUGCAGGGCUUGCCCUGGUCAGCAAGCGCCAUGAACAUCCGCCAUUUCUUCGCUGGCCUCAACAUCCCAGCUGGAGGGGUCCACAUUAUUGGGGGUGAGGGUGGCGAUGCCUUUAUUGCCUUUAGUUCAGACGACGAUGCAAGGAUGGCCAUGAAAAAGAACUCAUGUCCUCUGAAUGGAACCCCAGUUCAGCUAUUUCUGAGCAGCAAGGCAGAAAUGCAGAGUGUUAUUGAUGCUGCUCGGGCUGGGAGCUCUUCAACUACUGCGGCUCCGACAACCCCGGCAAGUGUUACACCACAAAGCUUGCCCCCGACACCUGCACAGCAGCAGCCGCGACAGCCGUUUUCGAACACAUCUACGUUUCCUGUGGAUAACCAGAAUCCGAGCAACGGGGUCUUUGCCGGCCAACAGAUGAAUGACUUUGGUCAGCAGAUGCAACAAGGCCAGUAUAGCCGAGGGGACUGGCAGGGCUUCCAGUCAUACGGGGCUCGAAUGGAUGAGCAGGGUCAGCCAAUGCCAAACCAGUUUAUGUAUAAUCAGAGGGGGCCCGGUAAUCAAGCAGACGGAAGGUUUCCUUCUGGUCAGGGGGGACAAGGAGGCCUUGAUAGAGCUCCUUUUGGUAACUUACAGCAAGGAGGUCAGUUCCAUGACACCAGCGGUAUGGUGCCACAGACUGGCUCUGCUUCAAUGGGCAUGGGAGGCAUGUACCCAGGCGCGGAUGUGUCCGUUGUGGACCCUUUGACCCAGAAACAGACUGCUUUUGGAGAUCAGAUCGGGGGUAGACCAGAGAAUAUUCCAGCGGCUUCUUUUGAUAAUACAAGUCUUCUGGGGAACAUGGGCAGAGGUCAAGGUUCGUUUCCAGGUCAGCUUGGCAUUGGUCCAAACAGAAAUGCGUUUAAUGCUGGUAUGGGCAAGCCCACACCUGGCAUGGAUGUACCCGGGGGUCUUCUUGGAAGGAUGCCACUUGGUGAUGAACCUUUAGGAAGAACUAAUUUAAUGGAUGAUAAGUCUUUUGCUGAUCCGAUGGACUCCAUGGGACAGAGUGAUAAAUUCAUAAACCCGCUCAAAGGUGAAUCGGGUCUGGCAGGUCCAGAUGGAAGAAAGGCGGACAUGAUGGGUUGGGGAGAUGGUCAGUCCGAGGUCAGGUUUCAAGCUGGCCAUCAGAAGAUGUUUGAGCCAGGAAUUCACGGUGAGAAGCCUAUGAUUAACAGAGAUAACUUGCUAGAUCCUGACGGAAGACCUUUCCAGCAGUUCCCUUUCAGGGGUGAUCCUGACAGAGGAAGAAUGAACAGAGGUCUGGAGGGGCCUGAGAGAGCAGAUCCGCUGAUUGAUCCGAGUACAAAUCGUUUAAUGGACAGACAGGAUAGAGCACCUUCUUUCCCAGGAAGGGAUGUUAGAACGGGCAGCAGGUUUUCUGCCGCUGCAGAGCCAGAAGGAAGAUUUCCUGCAGACAGACUGCCUGACAGAUUCAGCAGUGAGAGAAUACAGCCUGAUGAUAUGCCAAGCACAAAAUAUCCCCCAGACAAUGAACCCCAGACUGGAGCAGGAGAUAUCAGAGGACAUGGGCAGUUCCCCCCUGUAAGAGGCAGGUUUGAUGACGUGAGGUAUCCAGUUGAUGACAGGUCAUUUCCCCCAGAAGAAAGGUUCCCAGGUGACGACCGCAGGUUGCCGAUUCGGGAACCGGGAUUUGCCGCAGAAGGUGAUCGCUUUCCUGAAGGAGAUAGGAAGUUUCCCCCAGGUAGAGGUUUCUUGCCUGAUGAAAGACGGCAUAUGAUGGAUGAGAGAAGGUUCCCUCCAGGACCCGGUGCUCGCAGGUUUCCUGCAGAAGAAGGCAGAUUUCCACCUGACGAAAGAAUUGGUAUGAAUCCAGACAGGAUGCGGCCUGAUGAAUUUCCAGGAAGACGACCUGCAGAUAAUUCCUUUGCUCCUGAUGAUAGCCAGUUUAGAGAUAGGGAGGAAGAGCCGAGAUCUCGGGAUCCUUAUGGGAGAGGCCGUCGUGGAAUGGAUGAUAGAUUUCCACAUGGCGGCAGGCCAGACCAUCGUCCCGGGUUCCGAGACUUUGAAGAAGGCGAGGAGCCCAGACGCUUCCCCCCAGGUCCCAGGUUUCCUCCAGAACGGCCAUUUAGAGGUGAGGAGGGGAAAGAAGACUUCAGAGCUCCUCCUGCAGCAUUGGGUGAACGACGUGCACGUGUGUCCCGCUGGGAUCGUGAGCAGCAGCUUGACGACUGGCAGGAAGAAGGUGAUGCCUACCCCCGACCCGUGGGGCCGCGGCCACCUAUAGCUGAGAAAGCUGACUUUGCUGGCGUGCCUCCUGAAGAUGCUGGCUUGGAUGAACCUAUGGAUAUGGAUCAAAGAGGUGGGCGAGAUCAUAUCCCUGGAAGAGGAGGGCCGUUAGAAGGAAGAAGACCUCCCUUGCUUGAAGGUAGAGGAGGAGCCAGGCCUCAUUUUGAUGUUGAUGGAAGAAGGGGACCUGGGAUGGAAGGAUUUAGAGCACCUCUUAUGGAAGGAAGGGGCCAUCCAGGGGAGGGCAUGCGAGGCCGUGGAAUUGAGGGAAUGAGAGGUAGAGGGAUGGAUGGAAUGAGAGGUCGAGGGUUUGAUGGAAGAGGUGGGCCUGGUGUUGAAGGCAGAAGGGGACCAGGAAUCCCCAGUUUAAUGGAAGAAAAUAGCUUUGACUACGGACAUGGAUCACUUGCUCGUGGAAGACCAGGUCCUGGAGACGUAGAGGAAGACGAGGAAUUCGAUGAACCUCUUGAUUAUGACAAUCGUUUUCCAGGACCUGCUGCCAGGGGUGGCAUGUUUGAACGUCCACCUCGUGGCAGAGGUGAGCCUUUCUUCAACAGGGGCCGGCCUGGUCCACCAUUUGGACGAGGUCGAGGUCUGGAUAUGGAUAGGCGAUUUGAAGAUUCUGGUCCAGACGGCAGAAUGAGCAUGGAUGUGGAUGCCAGAAAUGUGGGAGGUCGCCCUGAUGGCCCACCACUGAGACCAGGGUUUGGAGAUAAAAUUCCAGAUUUUUCUGUGAAGCCAGGAAGUGGGAAAGGCCUUCUGGGAGAUGCUCCUGUCAUAGAAAGGCCAGUAAUUGCAAAACCAGAACCGGAGAAAAAGGAGGUUGCAGCAGAUGCAUUUAAAAGAGAUCUAGACAACCGAUCAGCAAGAAGAAGUGACGACAGAGACAGAGAUAACCGGUCUUCUGACAGGCGGGGCAGGGACAGGGAGGAUAGGCGGUCUGGAGAAAGAGAGAGAUCAAGAUACAAGUAUGAGAGGGAUCGCAGUGACAGAAGGAGGUCGCGAUCUCGUGAGAGAGGGGGUCGAGACAAUGAUGGGCGUAGAAGCCGAGAACGUUCCUCAUCAAACAAGCAAGAUAGCGAAGUGUCCAAGUCUGAUGGACAGACAAAGAAUGAGCCCAAGAAGCGAUGCAUCCACUUGAGAAACUUACCAAUAACCGCAGCCUACAAGGAUAUUAAAAAGUUCCUGCAGCCCCUGGAUGUGCCCUUUGAUGGGUUAAAAAUGAUAAAUGACAAACAGGGCAAGCCCGCAGGGGAGGCUUUUCUGCAGUUCCGCCAUCAUGAAGAUGCCUCAAGGGCCUUUCGAAGGCAUGGAGAAAGGUUGUAUGGCAAAAUCGUUUCAAUAUCCUUGUGCACGGACGAAGAGUUCUCUGCAGCAGGAGAUUCUUCACCAGCAAACAAGAAAGAUACCACAGCACCUGCUGCUGCAGAGGGUCAGAAAUCAGAAAAGGUCGAGAAACUGCGAUACAUUACACAGCUAAAAAAUCUGCCUUUGAAUAUCACAAAACAGGACAUUGUUCAGUUUUUUAGGGGACUGACCGUUGAGAACAAUAAUGAGGCAGUUUAUAUUGAAUAUGACCAGACUGGUGUCGCCACUGGCAAUGGAAUUGUGGAGUUUAAAACUGACUUUGAUUACAAGAAAGCCCUGACAAAGGACGGCUCUUUACUGGGCACAGUAGCUGUCAGAGUGUUUCCUGGCAAGGCUGAGGAGGCUGAUGCUUUGAAACAGAAGCAGCUUGAAAUGCUUCAGCGAGCAGCUUUGCGUAAUGCAACAGGCCCGAGAAUGAUGCAGCCAGGACUCCCAGGACAGCCCCCUAGGGCUCAAGGUCCGCCACCACGACUACAGGGUCAGCCACCACGACCUCAGGGUCCGCCGCAACGACUUGCUGGACCUCCUGGUCAAAUGCCCCGACCCCAGGGUCAACAACCAAGACCCCCAGGUCAGCCUCGGCCUCCAUUAAUGGGACCCAGACCAGGGAUGGGGCCUCAGCAGCCGCCUGCAGCCACUUCUCCCGGGCAGGGGAAUCAGAACAGGGCCACAACUCCGUCAGAUAGCUCAGAGACUGUAUGUGUCCACAUCCAGGGCCUGCCACUCUUGGCGACACCCCAAGAUAUUCGUGAGUUUUUCUCAGAUUGUCAGAUUGCUAUGAGAGGCAUCAACAUCGCCCACGACAGCAGAGGCAAACCCUUGGGCGAGGGUUUUGUAGAGUUCAAGUUCAAGUCUGACUUUGAGAAGGCUAUCAAGAAAGACAAGACGUCACUGGGGCGUCACAUUGUUGCUGUGAAGCCGAUAGGAAAGAAGGAAAUGGUGGAAAGACUAGACAACGCCAGAGGGGUACCAGUGCAGCAGUCUGGACAGGGCCAAACUCCGGAUGACCAGCACAAACCCCAGAACCAGAACCCUGCCCAGUCUGGCGAGAAGCAGCAAGCACCUCAGACUCCGCAGCAAGGACCGCCGGCUGGCCAAAAUUCUCAAGGACAGAAGCCAAACACACCUGGAUCAGGGCCAAGUCCUUCAGCACCAGCCCAAGGAGCUCCUGUUGCCCCUGGAGGCAGCAAAUCCAUCCCUCCCGGUGUCCUUAACAAAAGCUGGUACUAUGUGCGUUGCCAGAAUUUCCCACCAGACAUUACCAUUGCAGAGAUUCUAACCUUUUUCCAGGGCUUGAGGCCGAUUGGAGAGUCCAUCCGGCUUCAUUAUUCAAGUGAUGGCAAACCAACAGGCAAUGCAGUCGUUGGAUUUGGAUCAUCUGACGAGGCACAGAAAGCACUCCGACAGCUAAACAUGAAAGUGUGUCGCCAGAACAUUGUGACACUUCAUCCUGCAUGA